AUGGCAUCUAUACCUGUACCGGUACCAUGGACUGAGUACCGCAAUCCUGAAGGGAGGAUAUACUGGUACAACACUCAAACUAAAUUGAGCUCAUGGGAGAAGCCAGAAGAGCUCAAAUCUCCAUUCGAGAGAGCGAUGGCCAAAACACCCUGGAAAGAGCACACAUCUCAAGGACGUAAAUACUGGUAUCAUAGUCAAACCAAAGAGUCCAAAUGGGAAAUGCCACAGGAACUCGUCGAAAUUAUGGAAAAGGUCAACAAGGAGAACCCCAUGCCCGCCGGUCUCCCACCCCGGCCCGGUGCUCCAAACUUUGUACCAGGACCCGUCACUCACGCGGACGGUCUCCCAGCGGUCCCAGGUCUACCGGUGAACCCGACCCUCGCUCUCGUUGGGCCAGGCGGAAUGCGUCCAGGCCCAGGACUCAUGCCUCAGCCAGGUUUCAUGCCCAACAAUCCCGCUGGUAUGGGCUCACCUCUCCCCACUCGCCCCAAUAUGCCGGACGAUCCUGUCGUUCCUCCGGGUGGUUUCCCCACGCACGACGAGGCAGAAAAGGCGUUUUUCCAUCUCUUGAAAAAAGCCGGUGUGGAUGCGACUUGGACCUGGGACAGGACUAUGCGUGCGAUCAUCACCGACCCACUCUACAAGGCUCUAGGAAGUUUGGCUGAGAAGAAAGCUGCGUGGCAAAAGUUCGUGGAAGCUAUCAAGGCCAAGGAAAAGGAGGAACGUGAUGCUCGAAUCGCAAAAGCUCGUCCAGGUAUACGUAACCUGUUGACCAACUCUAAAGAUGUACACUAUUACACUACUUUCCCUACGGCCGAAAAGCUGUUCGCAAGGGUUUCUGCGUGGAACGCUGCCAAAAUCGAAGAAGAGCGUAAAAUCAUUUUCGACGAAUUUGUCGAAGAGCUGAAGAAUGCGGAAACGAUUAAACAGCGCGAGCUGAAAACCAAAAAUAUUGCCCGAAUCGUUUCCUUGUUCAAAGAGCUUGACGUGGAUGUCCUUACCAAAUGGCGCACCGCUCAGCAACGAGUUCUUGAAUGUGACGAAUGGCAAGAAAACGAAGAACUAAGGAAUCUUGGUCCAUUAGACAUGUUGCUUGCCUUUGAAGACUAUUCUCGUGCACAGGAGCGCAUGCACCAAGAAGAAACCCAGAAGAAGGCAAUGGAGAAGGCUCGGAAAGAACGGAAAGCUCGUGAGGCAUUCAGAGAACUUCUCGAUGAACUUGUCAAAGGGGGCCAUAUUCGUGCCAAAACUAAGUGGAAGAAUGUGUACCCCAUGUUCGCCGAAGACGAUCGUUACCUGAAUCUUCUCGGGACACCCGGGUCGAAUCCGAUCGAGUUGUUUUGGGACGUGGUCGACCAAUUCGAUCAGGCACUUGAGGAAAAGGUUUCGCGCGUCAACCGGGCGAUGGAUGCCAAGGGCAUCAAAUUCAGUGCCUCGGUGAUUGGGGAGAAUCUCCUUGAUACCAUUCGAGGAUCAAAGGAAAUUGAGGGUCUCAAUGAGAAGGAUAUUCUGGAUGUUUACGAGACUUUCAAAGAAGAGCUGAAUCAAAAAGCCGCCGAAGAGCUGAGGAAAGCUGAGCGCCGAAAGAGACACCAGAUCGAAGACCUGCGUAGUGCGCUGAAAAAGAUGGACCCUCCUAUUGGGUUGGACAUCCCAUACGAGCAGGCUGUUUCUCUCAUGCAAGAUCUGAAAGAAUUCAAGGCGAUCGAGGACGAAGAAACCCGCGCGGCCGCGUUUGCGAAAUACGUCCGCAAACAAAAGGACAAACUCAAGGAGUUGUCCGAGGAUGGUGGCUCUACCACCAGUCGGAAACGAAAGGAACCCUCUCAUGCCUCGUAUGAUCGUGACCGAGAGAGGGACCGGGACCGUGAUCGGGAUCGAAAGCACCAUCGAGACUACGAUGACCAUGACCGAGACCGAGACCGAGACCGCGAUCGCCACCGAGACUACCGUGAUCGCGACUAUCGAGACCGAGACCGCGACCGGGACAGGGAUCGUGAUCGUGAUCGUGAUCGUGACUAUAGGGAUCACAGGGAUAGGGACUACCGGGGCUCAUCGAGGUACGAGCGAGAUGACCGCGACAGAGGACACCGUUCCGAUCGACAUCGACGAGAUACUAUGGAUGUGGACCGGUACGAGUUGGACUAUGCAGAUGAACGAGCCAGAAAGAAAACUCGUAUGGAAGUCGAUGGACGGGAAGACAGUCCCGAAGAAGGCGAAAUUUAA